ACGACCACAGCUCUUAACCAAAUCACUUCUGAUCUUCUUCCCUCCUCUCCUCUCCUGUAUCUUUCAUCUUCUUCUCCUUGCCAUGGUGAGCACAUGCUUCCUAAUUCCAUGCAUCAUGGAGGCGACGACUCUGCCGUCUCCUCUACCUCUUUUCUAAGCUUGUACUUUGGCAAUGAGGUUGCAAGCAUGCAUUUGAAUGCUAGGAGCUGGUCCUCUCUAGGCACUGUGGUGGUUUUUGUUGUUGUCUUCUUAAUGUAAAAAAAAAAAACAAAAAAAAUAAUAUAGUCUCUCACAAACAAUAAUAUAAAGCUCCUGUCUUCUCUUUAAGCAUUCUGCAUGCUGUUCUUGCAAUCCCAAACUUGGUUCUUCAUCUUCUUUCUCUUGCAGCUUCUAAAUUGAAGAACUUUACUGCUUCUCAGAUUUUUUUUUUCCUUCAUUUAUUUUAGUUUCCCUUUUUUAGCUUCUUAGUUUUUUCUCAUCUUGGGCCUUGAAUGUUUUUUCUUCUUCUUCUUUUUAUAAAAAAAGAAAAAUGAAAUAAUUAUCUGGAUAAGGUUCUCUACAGCCUCAUAACCAGAGCCCAAAGCUGUUGAGAGGAAGAGCAGGAGAAUGGAUGGUUCCGGCCAUGGAGGAGAGAUGCCAAUCCCAAUAACCAGUGCCUAUCUCGAUGGACACGACAGCCCUCUCCUGCACCACCACCGCCACCCCUCCAAUGGCCCUCCUCCUCCUUUCUCAGAGGACCACCACAGCUCCUACAGCACCAAGAAAGCGGCGGCGGCCGUCAAGUACAGGGAGUGCCUGAAGAACCAUGCGGCGUCCAUCGGCGGCAAUGCCACUGAUGGCUGCGGCGAGUUCAUGCCGAGCGGCGAGGAGGGCACCCUCGAGGCCCUGAAGUGCUCCGCGUGCGGAUGCCACCGGAACUUCCACAGGAAGGAGACCGACGGGGAGGAGGAUGCGCAGGAGCCUUCGCCGUUGGAGUACCUGCCCCCUCUCAGCCUAAGAGGAAGCAGCAAGGCCGGGAGCCUCCUCUUCCCGAGGGCCCACCACGCCAUGAUCAUGCCUCUCCAGCAGACCUCGGAGUCCAACGAGAUGAUGGCGGCAUUCAUGAGGCCGCCGCCGCCGCCGCCGCAUCUGGUGGCGAAGAGGAGGUUCAGGACCAAGUUCACCGCGGAGCAGAAAGAGAAGAUGCUGGGGUUCGCGGAGAAGGUGGAGUGGAGGCUGCAAAGGGAGCAGGAAGGACUGGUGCAGCAAUUCUGCCAGGAGAUCGGGGUCAAGAGGAGGGUGUUCAAGGUCUGGAUGCACAACAACAAGCACAACUUCGCCAAGAAGAACAAUCCUGCACCCCCAAUCUCCAGCAGCAGCUUGAAUAUUGACCAUUGACCAUGAUCAUUAAUUACAUGACUUCCUUUAAUUCACAUAUAACAAAUUGUCAUGGUAGAUGUCGAGCUUUGGCACUCGGCGGUGCAAUGUCAUCAACUAUUUUCUCGUCAAUUACUGUUUGUUCUACAUCACAUCAUCCCUGAAAAUUCAUUGGGGUACUGCAUGUCUUCCAUUUGAAGCUAUCUAAUUAAGCUAACCACUGUUAAUUCUAAACAGUAUUAAACAGGAUGUAUUGUAUUCUGGUUUCCAGUAGUAGAAAUAAAGCAGAUGAGAUCUUUGGACAA